UUGAGGGGGAGCACUUGGAGGGAUGAAGGAGCACCUGUACAGCACUGAACACUGCCAGCCUUCUUUGGAGGGGCUCUGUCUGUGGCUUCUCCCACCUCACUAUGCUGGAAAAGCGCAGGAGGAAAAGCCUACCCUGGGCAAGGGAGGAGACAGCACGGAAGCAGGCAGGGCAGCGCAGAGCUGAGGAAGCGUCUGCCACCCACCCCUAGCUGGCAAAAUCCCUCUCCCAGCUCCCAGGGCUCUCAGAACUGCUCUUGAUCGGACAGGCCCUCAGCCUGAAGGAAGUUGUGUGACUACAUGAGCCUUUUUGGCCUGGAGGAAUUACCGCCACCACAAGAAUAACCCUGUCCAUGUUGAGUGACCCACGGGGAUGCUGUCAAGACUUCUGUGGAGUCAGGCCUAACCAGUGCUUGACUGGUGAGGAAAUCUUUGCUCUGCAUGGGAUACCAAACGACAGUCAAGUAUCAAAUUCAAGCUUCUCCACAAUAUGCCCUGCUGUUUUACAACAGCUCAUUUUUCACCCGUGUCAUCAUCAGGAAGACUUUGUGGACACGUCUAAACCACAAUCUUUACAAGUUUGGGGAUUUGGGUUCCUGGCUGUGACUAUCAUUAACCUGGCAUCGCUUCUGGGAUUGAUUUUAACUCCCCUCUUAAAGAAGUCGUAUUUCCCCAAGAUUUUAACUUACUUUGUGGGCUUGGCCAUUGGUACUCUCUUUUCUAAUGCCAUUUUCCAGCUCAUUCCAGAGGCAUUUGGGUUUGACCCCAAAGUAGAUAAUUACAUUGAGAAAGCAGUUGCAGUGUUUGGUGGAUUCUAUAUUCUCUUCUUUGUGGAAAGGAUUCUUAAAGUGAUACUGAAGAUCUAUAAUCAGGCUGGCCACAAUGACUUUGAAAACAGUGAACAGAAUCAUCCUCAGGAUAAGACUAGUCCACCCAAACCACCAGCAUCCAGCAAUGGGGUGAUGUGUUAUGCAAAUUCAGCUAUUGUGGAGAGCAAUGGAAAUCUUGGUUUUGACAGCAUUAGUGUGCUCUCAGCACAGGAAGAAGAAGCUCAAGGCAGCUUGUGUAAAUGUCUUGGUGGGCGCCCCCUGUCAAAGAUUGGAACCAUUGCUUGGAUGAUAACACUGAGUGACGCUGUACAUAAUUUCAUAGAUGGUUUGGCUAUUGGUGCUUCUUUCACUUUGUCUCUGUUUCAAGGGCUUAGUACCUCCAUAGCCAUCUUAUGUGAAGAGUUUCCUCAUGAACUGGGGGAUUUUGUCAUCUUACUUAAUGCAGGAAUGAGUACUCGGCAGGCUCUGUUUUUCAACUUUCUGUCUGCAUGCUCCUGUUACAUUGGGAUGGCUUUUGGUAUAUUAGUAGGCAACAACUUUGCUCCUAACAUCAUCUUUGCUGUAGCUGGUGGAAUGUUCCUGUACAUCUCUUUGGCAGAUAUGUUCCCAGAGAUGAAUGAUAUGCUGAGAGAGAAAGUGACAGGAAGAAAGAUGGACCUCACAUUCUUCCUUAUUCAGAAUGCUGGUUUACUAACGGGGUUUGCUGCUAUACUGAUGAUUACCUUGUAUGCAGGAAAUAUUCAGCUGUAAUAAUGCAAGUGAAAAUGGAAUCAGUACCGAAGACAUCAAGUAAAUUACAAAUGGAAGAAACUUGAAAUCCAUAAAGGGACAUUCAUUUUAUCUACUUGGUUUUGAAAGAAUGGCAAGUUUUUCCCCCAACCCUACAAAUCCUGGGAAUUUAAUUUUUCUUUGGAACUUGCAGUCAAUCCAAACAGUAUGAGCUGUCAACUUUUGUACUUUACCAAAGAACUAAUUCACAUAUUUAUAUUUCUGCUUAAAAUCAUCAGACAUAUCUGAACCGUGGUAGAGAAAAGAUGCUACUUGGCCAGUAAAAUAAUGUAAUACAUGCAGCUACUGUAUAUGCAUGUCAUGUGACUCAGACCAAAUGAAAGCUGAGGUCUUCCGGGAAGAUACUUAUUCAAAAGGAAGUAAAAAGUUCCGUCUCUCCCUCACUUUUUUAAACUGUGAUGAAAGCAAGCAGUUUCAAAGCUGUUUAAUUUUCAUGAUUUCUGUUGCAGGGUUUGUCUGUGUGACAGCGCUUCCCCCAUGAAAAAUAUCAAACUAGUUCAGAAUAGGCACUAAUGAAGCUAAGAUUUUUAAUUACUAAUUAACACUGGAAGGAAAGUUACCAGUUACUGCUUUUGAUCUUUUCUCUUUAUAAGUGCACUAGGGGAUUGUUGAUUUAUUUUGAGAACCACUUUUUCUUUUUAAUUAUCAGGAACUUAUGUUAAAUUUAUGACAAUUUAUCAACUCCAUAAUAUUUUAGAAACAUUGAGUAUUUUACAUUUUUUCGGACAUAUUGUAUUUUAUGAAAAUAGUCUUGU